CGAACGACGCCGUCGAGUGGUGCAGUAAAAUUCCCGUCACCUUUUUCGCCAGGUCCGCUAGCGAACCUGUGCUGAAGAACGACGGUUCCGGUUCUCGCCGACCAGUGUGCGUAAAGUGUGUGGAACACGGCAGAUUCCACGAUGGAGGGCGACAUCUGCCGGGUGUGCCGCUGUGAGGCCCAAUCUGAUCGGCCCCUGUUCCAUCCGUGCAUCUGCACUGGAAGCAUCAAAUGGAUCCAUCAGGACUGUCUCACGCAGUGGAUGCGCUACUCGCGCAAGGAAUACUGCGAGCUGUGCGGGCAUCGAUUUUCCUUCACCCCGAUCUACUCGCCCGACAUGCCGCGCGUGUUACCCCUGAAAUACGUCGCCAAAGGACUGCUCAGCUCGGUCGGGACGGCCGUUAAGUACUGGAUACAUUACACGCUCGUUGCACUCGCCUGGCUCGGUGUCGUGCCGUUGACGGCGUACCGCACAUACCGGUUUCUCUUCUCCGGCUCGAUUGAAAUGGUGCUGACACUGCCGAUCGAUAUGUUUUCGACAGAGAACUUAGCGAUUGACGUUUUUAGGGGCUGUUUCGUCGUCACCUGCACGCUGUUCACCUUCAUCGGGCUUGUGUGGCUCCGGGAGCAGAUCAUACACGGUGGUGGCCCCGAUUGGCUCGAGCGAGACGACCCACAGAUUCCCGAAGUAGCCGCUAACGCCAACGGCCAGGCAAACGUUCGUCCUCGAGUUGGUGAACCUGAAGUGAACGAAAACGAUGCUGAGAACAACAACAAUGAUGAUAACAACAACGAGGAGGAGCAUAAUAAUAACAACAAUAACAACUUUCUGGAUAACAACCUGCUCAACAACCGCAACGAGGCCGAUGAACACGGAUUACAGGGACAGCAGCCACAGCAACGAGCUCCCGCUCCGGAAGGUCCUGCUGCACCGGAGGUGGAACCGAUACGACGUCCGGCCCGUGCGAACUUCGGUUAUCCACCCGCAGAUAAUGUGCCAAUCGAUCCGGCGGAACCACCACCACCUCCGCAGGUGGGUGGAGUGGACGAUCCCCCGGAGGCGGCUAUCAACGAGCCGGAAGCGGAGGCAGCUGCCGACGAAGCCAACUGGAACCCGAUGGAGUGGGAUCGGGCGGCGGAGGAGCUGACCUGGGAGCGGCUGCUCGGGCUGGACGGUUCUAUGGUGUUUCUCGAGCACGUGUUCUGGGUUGUUUCCCUGAACACGGCCUUCAUCAUCAUAUUCGCCUUCUGUCCGUACUCGAUCGGGAACUCGCUAAUCUCGCUGCUCGGCAUCAACCCACCAGGCAAGCAGUUGACGCACUUCCACGGGCUCCUCACGACCAUCCUCGGAUACUGCGUGAUUGGCAUUACACUCGUAAAAUUACACGCCAUCGCUCGGUUUCUCCGUUGGCGACGGCAACGGCGCAUCCUCGGGCUAUGUUACAUUGUCGUGAAGGUGUCGCUGCUUUCGGUUGUUGAAAUUGGCGUUUUGCCGCUUGUGUGCGGAUGGUGGCUGGAUAUUUGCUCACUGCCGAUGUUCGAUGCCACGCUCAAGGACCGCAAAGCAAGUUUUAAGGCCGCUCCCGGAACGUCACUCUUCAUUCACUGGAUGUUUGGAAUGGUGUACGUGUACUAUUUUGCUUCGUUCAUCGUGCUCCUGCGAGAGGUGCUUCGCCCGGGAGUGUUGUGGUUCUUGCGCAAUCUCAAUGAUCCCGAUUUCAGCCCCAUCCAGGAAAUGAUUCACCUAUCGAUAAUGAACCACAUGCGCAGAUUGAUAUCGUCUGCGAUCAUCUUUGGAUCGGCCGUGUUGUUGAUGCUAUGGGCGCCCAUUCAAAUCCUCAAAAAUUUCUGGCCCACAUUCCUGCCCUACACUUUGUCGGGCGAUUCCGAGGUGAACGAGAUUAGCCUGCAGCUGUUACUUCUUCAGUUUGUCCUGCCGAGCUUUUUCGAACAGUCACACACCCGAAUCUGGCUUAAAGGCUUGGUACACAUCUGGUGCAACGUGGUGGCGCGCAUGCUUGGCAUCAAGAGCUAUCUGCUCGGUGCCGAUAUUCGCCCGAACGAGGAUGAGGCCGCUCAGGCUAGACCGCAACCUGAUGUAGGUGCCGCAGGGUUUGCCGCUGCCCAUCAGGCCAUGAUACAGCGUGAUUUCCCUGUUGGCUUUCAGCCUUACGAACGACCAAAGUUUUUUGCAAUCCGCUUAAUGGGAUUGCUGGUGCUGACCUGCAUAAGCCUGGCCAUCGGGUCGUUGGCCGUGUUGACUGUCCCAGUAUGGAUCGGACGGCACGGAAUGGCGCUCGGAUCGAUGGGAUCGAACAUCGCACCACCGCCGAAUGCGGUAAGUGCUGGCACGGAAACGCCAGUCCGUCCACACGAGCUGUACACGAUUGCCGUUGGAAUGUACCUCUGCUGGUUGAUAUCCCGGGGUAUUGCCGUGGCGGUGAACCUACUGCCGCAGGGACGCGAGGCCGUAAUCGCACGAGUCAAGCACUGGAUAUCGAUCGCAACCUCGUACGCGAUGAUCAUGGUCGUGUUCGUGCUCAUGCUGGGUGUAAUUCCACUGAUGUUCGGACUGCUGCUGGAGCUGGUCGUCGUAAUACCGUUGCGUGUACCACCAGAUCAAACACCGGUCCUGUUCUUGUGGCAGGAUUGGGCACUGGGCGUACUCUACACGAAGAUUGCCUGUGCCCUCACGCUCAUGGGUCCCGAUUGGGCUCUGAAACGCGCGAUCGAACAGGCGUACCGCGAUGGACUGGGUCACAUGAACCUGAGCUUCAUCGUACGCGAACUCGGGCUGCCUGUUAUCACGUGUUUUGGACUGGCAUUGGCCGUCCCGUACGUGAUUGCUCACUCGAUUCUGCCAGUGUUCUUUACGAACCCGCUCACGCGUACGCUCAUCGCCCGACAGAUCUACCCGUUCUUCCUGCUGAUCGCGUUCGUGAUCGGCAUUGUGGUGCUGCAGGUUCGCCAGUUUAAGAAACUGUAUGUUGCGAUCAAGAACGACAAAUAUCUCGUAGGGCAGCGGUUAGUGAACUACGAUCAUCAGCGCAAAAAGCGACGCGUUUCGGUCGCGACCGGCGAGGAGGAAACGUCCGGUAGUGCCAGUAGCGGCGCCGAUUCAACGACCGCCUCGUCAACAGCGACCGAGGCGUUCAACGAGGAAGCAACGGAUGCAACGGCCGACAGUCCCGGCGGAAGUGGACAUGCGGAACGAGCGAUGGAAGCUGUACAGUAGAAGGAAACAAUCAUUAUGGACGUGUUAUACUUUUAAAUUACGCCUUAGUCGCAUACCCGCUCGUUGAGUUAUGUCCCCGGUGGAGUCAUUCGAAUAUUUCCGGUGUGUAACAACGCCGUUUUGGGUUUUUGAAUUUAUUUUUAUACCGAUUUGGCUAGGCUACUGCUACGAAACACUAUGGUGGAGAAUCGCAAUAGAAAAGUCCUACUGCCGGCCAGAACAAACAUGUUGUUUAUGGAGAUAGAUUUUCUUUAUUUAUCCCUUUUGUGAUAGAACCCCGAACACAAUGCGCUACCUUACAUUAGUUGUUUCUAUUUUUAUUCUUAUUUGAGUUGGUUCCGCGCUACCUUACAUUAGUUGUUUCUAUUUUUAUUGGUUUCUUAUUUGAGUUAGUUCCGGCGUGCUCGCCCGAGUGAUUUCUAUUGCAUUGCAAGUGGGUCCGUAGCUAUUCAGGAUUCUGGUCAGGUUAAGAUCCUUCACAGCUUAGGAGUCCUUGGAUCAACACAGAAACGGACACAAAGGCGAGUGAACUGAGCGGCAAAGAAAUGAUUUGUGGGAAUAAUGCAAACAAAGGGUGAGAGUAACGGUAGGCUGGGGAGCCAGUAAAGAAUUUAGCUAAAAACUGUAAUAUACCUUCAGGAAAUGAAAAAUUCAAAUAAAACCAAUGAAAACGCAACAUAGACCCUUUUGUGGAUUUGUUCGAAUCAUACGGAUAGUAUGGCCAGGUGACUUAACUUAUGACUUUAUUUUUAAUUUGAUUAAAAAUUUUCAUACUCCAUGUUUCAUUAUAUAAAUUUUUCCUGUAAUAUACACACAGCA